AUGUCCGAGACAAAGACCGAGGCGCCAAAAGCCGAGCCCGCCGAAAAGACUGCGGCCACCGAAGCCUCGACUCCAGCCCAGCUCUCCAACAAAGAGCUCAAAGAGCUCAAGAAGAAGGAGAAGGCUGCCAAGAGAGCGGCCCAAAAAGAAGCAGCCGGAAUCACCCCAGAACAACAACAGCAGAUCGCACAACAGAAGAUCGACAAGAAGAAGCAGCUGGCCACCAACACCAAUUUGAAGAAGCAGUUGAGCCAGGCCGUCUACAAAGAUGAAGAUAAGAAGAUCCCUGCUCUCUUCAGUCACCUUGAAACUCGGGAACAAAGAAACGCCUCGUCGCCCACGGUGUCACACAUUGUUCAUCCCGAGAUUCUCAAGCUCAGCUUGCAGUUUUCGAGCCAUAAGAUUUUGGGCAGCACUGCCCGUUUGCGUAGUGUGUUGCAAGUUUUCAAGAGCGUCAUCCGGGACUACAAGACGCCACAAAACACAACUUUGUCUAGACAUUUGACGGGCCACCUAUCGCAUCAGAUCGAGUAUCUCAAGAGUUCGAGACCCUUGUCUAUUUCCAUGGGAAAUGCGAUUCGUUGGCUCAAACAAGAGAUCUCGCACAUUUCUAUCGACACCUCCGAUGAAGAGGCUAAAAAGGGAUUGAUCUCCAGUAUUGACGAUUUCAUUAGAGAAAAGAUUGAUCUCUCUGACCAGCUCAUCAUCGAGAACUCGGCACAUCACAUCACUGAGGGCUGCACCGUCCUUACGUUCGGUCACUCCGAGGUCCUUUUGAAGUUAUUCCAAUACUGUGUCGUUGAGCAGAAGAAGUCUUUCAACUUGGUUGUUGUUGACUCGCACCCUCUUUUUGAGGGAAAAAAGCUCCUCAACAGCCUCUUCAGUACAAAGAUCACGGCUGAGGAGUCAGAGUCUGCAUCCAUUAGCAGCCGCGUCAGCUUGCCUGCUCCAUCCAUCACUUGUGACAUGCUUAAAAUUAGUUAUGUUCUCAUAAAUCUGUUGUCCUCUACUGUUCUUGAGGACGUUGAUGUUGCCUUCUUGGGUGCCCAUGCAAUGCUUUCCAACGGGCAUCUAUAUUCAAGAGUUGGAACUGCCAUGGUUGCCAUGAUGUGUCAUCGUAGAAAUAUACCAGUGUUAACUUGUUGUGAAUCCAUCAAGUUCUCUGACCGUGUGCAGCUAGAUUCUGUGACGGCGAACGAGCUAGCUGAUCCCGAGGAUUUAAUUAAUGAUGUCAACUCCAAGAAGCCUCCUCAAAGAAAAUUGUUAGCUUUGGAGCAGUUCAUGAAACAACGAGAGGAUCCGGCUAAAAAGGAGGCGCCAAAGAAGUCUAGUGAUACCAAAGAGGAAGUAUCUAAGGACACGGACAUUCUCAAGGACUGGAAGUCAAUUCCUCUGCUCAACAUUUUAAACAUCAUGUAUGAUUUGACUCCCCCCAUGUACAUCAACAAGGUUGUCACAGAGCUAGGCUCGCUUCCCCCUUCAUCUGUCCCUGUUAUUUUGAGAGAAUACAAAAGCUCGUGA